CUAUCUAUCUAUCUAUCUAUCAAUCUAUCUGUCUAUCUGUGCAUGUAUGUAUAUAUGUGUGUAUGUGUGUGUGUGUGUAUAUAAAUAUACAGUCGUAUGCCUGUAUGUCGACACAUGCUUUGCAGCCUGUCUGUCUGUCCUCAUGCACUCGGCGAAACAUUCAAACCCACAAGAAAACAUUUGAAACACCGGAUUAACAAAUAUAAGGAGAAAACGAAGACAUUCUUUCGCAGAGUAACAACAGCGAAAAGUAUAAGAAAAAAGGAAUAAGCGACAGAAAAGACAAAACCAACAAGUUUUUAAAAAAUAAUAACAACAACGGAAUUAUUUUAAUAAUUAUACACAAAUAACAAAACAACGAAAGUGAAAUAUUUUUCCUAAUUUAUUUGUAAGUUUAUUGAUACACAAACACACAAACACACACGUAAUAUAUCUAUAUCUAUAUCUCUACAUUUAAUACAUAUUUUACUUACACAUCUAAUAUAUAUAUAUUUAUAUAUAUCCCAUCUAAUACACACCUAUAUAACUGAUGGCUAUUCUCAUCGGCAAGUGGUUAAACUCAGUCAGUAUCAAGUGGUUCAUUAUGGUCCUAUGGGCGUUUAUCUGUGUGUUGCUGUUUUAUCGAACGUACAACCGUUACAAAUAUGAGCCACGGUUCUACUACGUACACCAGAUGUUAGGGUCAUCGCUGUGUAUCUCACGUGGGUCGGCGGCUGUGAUAAAUCUCAAUUGUGGAUUGGUUCUUCUACCAAUGUGUCGAGUCGUAGUUACUUCCUUACGUGGCAUACUAAGAAAGAUGAGUAUGUACACGAUGCGAGUGAUCAUAGAUUCGUGUAAAGGCUUCCAUAUAGCGUGCGCCUAUGCUAUAGUUCUUUCUUCAGUGAUCCACUACACUGCUCACGUGAUUAACGCCAGAAAUUUCUCAAUGAACUACAACAGAAUCUAUACAAAUGUCAACGCAGCUAAAUACCAAUACGAAGAUCCUCUUUGGAUUAUCCUAGGUACAGUGUCUGGUACAACUGGUAUAAUGAUGAUGUUUAUAUUGUGUCUGGUGGUCACGACUAGUCUUAAGUACAUCAGAGACAACAAUUACGAUCUGUUCUGGUUCAGCCAUCGGCUAAUCGUCUUAAUGUACAUCCUUCUCAUGGUACACGCGUUUAGGGGUCCCAUUCGGAUGCAACUCAACAUCAAGUAUCACACACCCGGAUGUAAAUUUCGUAAUUUAUCGUUUCCAUGGCCAGAACCGGAAUUUUACCAUGCCUUCAAGUCGUAUUCCUGCGAUGAAGAACCACAAUUUGGAGAAAUUGGUUGCCAGUCAUAUUUAUGGGUGACAGCUCCAAUCUUGCUUUAUAUAGGUGAUGUAGUGUACCGGAUACGCAGACGAUCCACUUCAGCUCACAUUAUCCAAACGGUGUUGCACGACGAUGUUAUCGAAUUAAAGAUGGUUAAAGACGGAUUAACAGCCCAUGCAGGUCAGUAUGUCCUCCUGCAAUUUCCAGCCAUCUCUGUUUUUGAAUGGCAUCCAUAUUCCUUAACAUCGUGUCCGAAGAAAGGGUCAGCCUUCACAGUCCACAUUCGAUCCCGCGGCGACUGGUCAGGUCGUCUGCGUAAGUUGAUUGAGGAUUGCCAAGAAGAAAGCCAUUACAUUAAUGAAGAAGCAGACAACAUUGCCAGAACGCAAAAAGUCAAGGUGAACCUCGAUGGUCCUUUUAGCAGUCCGAUGGAAGACAUGAGCACUUAUCGUCUGCUUUUGUGUAUUGCUGGAGGCAUUGGAAUUACACCGUUCGCUUCGUUUCUGGACGCUUUCAGGACAAAUAAAAAACAACAAUGGAAAUUCCGACGAAUCUAUUUGAUAUGGAUUAAUAAGAAUAUACAGAAUAUCCGGUGGUUUGGAGAAUUGAUCCAUUCUUUACAUGAAGAGCUUUGGGAAUCUAAUCUUCCUGAUAUCUUUGACGUACGAUUCCAUUUCACUGAAAUAAGCAAGAAUUUAUGCGAUGAUUUACCAGUUUCGUACCGAGAGUAUGUAAGAAAGCGGCUCACAUAUGGAAGACCAGAUUGGAAAGAACUGUUUAAUGAAAUUGUAGCGUCACAUUCCACGCAUCGAGUGGGUGUUUUUGCAUGUGGACCUAAACAAUUGACAAAAAACGUGAAAAAGCAAUGCUGGCGGAAGUAUUCCAACAAAACCACAUUUGAUUUCCACGAAGAAAUAUUUUGAUUAAAAAAAACUAACUCACCUUAUCUGAAACAAAAUCUUCUUGGACGACAAGAUUUCAGUAAACCUAACGUAUUUUGACCAUCUUGUUUGUUCAAGUCGUCAAUUCGUCAUCCACUUUCAUCACCAGAAACAUUUCUCCUUAGAUGGAUCACCACCGAAGACGAAAGUUUGAGAUGAGAAUCUCUUCACAGUUAUAUUUCCUGGUCUUUUCAAAGAAAUUGUAGAGAUUCUACCUUCACAUAAAAUAUUGUAUCCGAGAAUUCAACCCCUUAUUUAAUUCUAUAUCAUUUUACGUAUUUUUUCUUUGUGAAAUCUUUGUUAAAAUUGAAACCUUGUGUUGUUCUUGGACGGGAAAGCAAGAAAGAAAAAUAUAAAGAAUAUUUGUUGACCAAAUAUGGUUAUGUACAACAACGUUCAAUGUACAUUUAUUUGUAUUAUUUGUUUAAAUCGAAAUAAACUGUUGGCUGUCUGUUUGCACACCGUG